AUGCGCUUCGUUGGGUUGGAUCCCGAAGAGCGCACGCCAAUCCUCAAGAGCAUCGAGCAAACUGUCCCCGAGGGCGCCACACAGCUAGCCUCGUUUGAUAAUGCCGAUGGCCUGACAGACCUUUUGAUCGGUGGAAAAACGUUAUCGUGGAUAAGUGCUCAAGGUUGCAUCGAAGGCAACACCGAGCCCAUCAUCCUCGACGACUCUGAUGCCUACUUCGAGGUUGAACAGUUGCACGUUUCACAAACGCGAGGUUGGUUGUCGGUCUGGUCCUUGACCAAAUCUGCGACGCUUUCGUACCAAGAGUUCGAUGCAAACACAGCCUUUGCACAGCCCGAGGCAAGGACUCUUCCCAUUCCACUUUUGCUCCGGGAUGCCGCGAGCGACAGGUUCGCCGCAAUUCAAAAUCCUCGACUUGGCCAGAAACUGUUUGUCGUUAGCCGGGAUGGGCACAUGGUCAUGUUGGAACAAGAUAACCAAACGGCCUUGUGGCAUGCCCCUGUCGAGAUUCUUAUCCCGCAAAUCGACGAAAUGAUUGAGUUUGACUCCUAUACCAUACGGAUCCUUGCCCUAGACUCAGAGAUGGACGCCAACCUGGUAAACACUUCAUUCAGAGGGAGCCUCACCGGCACCGAGGUCAAAACAGACCCCUCCGAUACCACCACCGUCGUCCUUCCCGUCCUCCGCAGCGACGAGUCUCUAGCUGCUCCCACACUGACAUUAGACGCUUGGGACCUGCAGUCGAAACAAAUCACAAACGGCCCAUACAAGAUUGAUCCGAGCUCAAAGCUCUUUGACAAACUUUUUGCAGUCCAAAACUCUGCUGAUUUGAAGAACCUGAAAUUACCAGAUGGCACUCCGCUAGUCAGCCAGAAUGACAGCCAGGAAUAUCUUGAUUCAGCAUUUGGAGCCUUGAAAGACCUCGCAGAAGCUCGCAAGUCGCUAGCUGCUGGCAAGCACAUCACAGCCAACACAAUGACUGGCAUUGAAUCGAACAGCAUCGUGUCCAUGAACUCGAUUGGAAGCUUUUUCGGCAACGUCGGGCGGCGCAUCUGGGGUGCGCUCCAGUGGGUUGCUGAGAAAAUCAAACAAGGAGCCAAAUGGGCGUUGGAGAAGGUCGGUCAGGCGUGGAAAUUUGUCGUCAAGAUUGCUGGAAAAGUGUUUAACUUUAUCAUUGAAACUGUCCAGCAUGUAGUGGUAGUGGUGCAGAAAGUACUCGAAACAAUUGUGGACGGUGUCAAAAAGGUGAUCAACUUCAUCACAUUCCUCUUUGAAUGGGACGACAUCUUGGAUGUCAAGAACUUGAUCGUCAACUUUACCACCCAGGGACUUCUGUGGGGAGUCGAUGCUGUGGCAUUGCUCGAGGAAAACACCAACACCUUCUUUGAAGACCUGAAGAUCAAGGUUCGGGCGUUGAAAGGUCAGAAGCUCCCUAGUGAAUUAGGCGGACAGAAGGCUGGGAAGAAUCCAGAUGCUCUCCAGAAAGCAAAAGGGGACAGGAAUAAUUCCAAGGAAGAGGAGGUUUUCAAUUCACCUCAGGCCAGCUACGGAAGCUACCAUUUGUCCCACAGCGGCGGUCCACGAGAUUCGACCGGAGUAACCUCGCCUGUUGACCGAAUCCUCGCGCGCCUAUCGAAUCUUGGGGACCAGAUGGAGAGAUUGAUGAGCCGGUUGAUUUCCAACUUUGGCGAUGUCUUCAAAACAAGCACACCGAGCCUUGAUCAGAUCUUUGCCAAGCUCGGCAUUGAGCUCCUGGAAGACCUUUUGGGCAUGAUACAGGCUGUUCCUAUCCAGAUCCGAAUCUUGUCCGCCCUGUACAAGAAGAUCUCGGGCGACGACAUGACAAUCUUGGACGUUGUCGCACUGCUGUUGGCUAUCCCCGCUACCAUAAUCUACAAGAUGGUGACUGGAAAGAGGCCAAAGGAGGUAGAAGGCAUUGGGUCGCUCAUUGCGCCAAAUGCGCAUCGCGCGGAGCUCGAUCAACGUAUGGGUCGUGUCCGACUAGAAGAAGCGGCUGCUGAUUCCGGUGGCUCAUGGGCGGCCGCCAACACCGUGACGUUCAGCUUGGCAGCAGUCGGCAAUGUAGACUCCAAGAGCAAAGCACCGGCACCAAGCUUCAAGAUGUCGGAAGAGAAACGCAAAGCCAUCGAGGCCAAUCAGAAGAGAUUCAUGGCUUCCAGCAGUGGUGGUGGAAAUAUCAUCAAGCUCGGCAUUCCUGUUGGCAGUUUCCUAUUCUAUGGUCUAUACUCUUGGCCUAAAACAUUCCUCCCAGAGACAGUCUACAGCUUCGAGAGAUGUCUUGUGAGCGCAGCACUCAAGCUGGUGGUUUGGCUUGCUCAGUUUGCAUCCAUUGCCAAAAUCAAGAUGGAGGACAUCACGAACGGAACCUUUAGUUUCAAGAAGAUAUGGGACGAGGAUCCGUGGUUCGCCAAGCGAUUCAUGAUGUGGGUGCUUGGAGGACUUCCCGUCCUUGGAGCCCUCCUUGGCAGAAAAGUUGGGUACAUUCUUGGUCUCUUUGCAAAUAUUGGGCAGAUGCUUAUCCACGCCAUUCUUCACAUAGAAUCCUGGGCCUCUGGCGCCGGGUACAGCGUGUACCUGGCCAUUGAGGAAUGGAUCAAGAUUGCUGGAAAGACGUGCACCAAUAUUGGAGGGUUGCUUCAGGGUUCUGAUGGCUUCACGACAAACACGGUUGCGCUGGCCCUCACUACAGGUGCGACAAUGAUGACUCAGACUCGAGCCAUUCUCGAGUGUGUAGGGAAGCGAGAGGUGCUCUGCACAGGUAUGGAUCUUGUCUGA